GCGUCCCAGUCACGUGACCGCCCAUCAGCUGACCUAUGCGACCCAAAGAAGAUACCGGUGGGCCGGGCCUCCGGGCACGAUGAGAUUCCGGUUCUGUGGAGACCUGGACUGCCCCGAUUGGGUCCUAGCCGAGAUCAGCACGCUGGCCAAGAUCUCCUCCGUGAAGCUGCGUCUGCUGUGUAGCCAGGUGCUAAAGGAACUUCUGGGACAGGGGAUCGAUUAUGAGAAGAUCCUGAAGCUCACGGCCGAUGCCAAGUUCGAAUCCGGCGAUGUGAAGGCCACGGUGGCGGUGCUCAGCUUCAUCCUCUCCAGCGCCGCCAAGCACAGUGUGGAUGGCGAGUCUUUAUCCAAUGAGCUUCAGCAGCUGGGGCUGCCCCGAGAGCACGCCGCCAGCCUGUGCCGCUGUUACGAGGAGAAGCAGCGCCCCCUGCAGGAGCAUCUGCGGGCCUGCAGCCUGCGCGUGAGCAGGCUGGCGGGCGUGGGCUGGCGCGUGGACUACACCCUCAGCUCCAGCCUGCUGCGCUCUGUGCAGGAGCCCCUGGUGCACCUGCGGCUGGAGGUGGCGUCCGCCCCGGGCGCCCCAGCCCAGCCCUUGCUCAUGGCUCUCUCAGCAGACAAGUUCCAGGUUCUGCUGGCAGAACUGAAGCAAGUGCAGACCCUGAUGAGCAACUUAGGUUGAGAAGAUGGAGCGGCCUUCCCUGGCCGCCGCUCUCCACCUUCCCCAAGGGCCUCUGGGGCUCUGGCUGUGUGGCUUCCCAUUUGGGACUCUGGGGCUCCUUCCCAGCGUUGCCCUCCCUCCCCCUGAAACAGGCUCUGGUCACCCCUUCUCUCUGGCAGCAAGAAUAAAGGAGUAUAAAGGGCUAUG